AAAAUUUGGCACGUCUGGUUCAGUCAGUAACUUAUCAUUCCGAAAGCUGUAACAUUUAGAUUGAAAAGUGUUGUCAGUGGUGCAAGAGAUUUUUUACGCAGAAGUGACCGAGCAACCUGCACCCAAAUGGAGUCAACAAAGGAUUCUUCCCUCCCAAAGAAAUUCACAUGGAGUGGAAGUCGCAACAGUCAUGGCAUCGAUUAUGAGAGAGACCUUGCUCUCACGCUGUUCGCUGCUGCAUCCUUAGAAGAGCGUUCUUUCCGUCUGGCAACGGAGAUGAAUGAGGCCGGAAAGUUUGAUGACGCUGUGCUGAUAUUGGACGAUCUGAAGGAAGUAUGGUUAUUUCAAGCCAAGCAUAGUCAGACAUCGAAUGCUAAAAUUGAAUUUGAAGAGUUUAUUCCUUCAAGUCUUGAUGAGAACACUCAAUUCUCCCUACCUAUGUACAUUCAAUCGUUCCUGAAUGUUUCACAACGAUGUGAGUUUAAAAAUUACAAAAAACGUUUUAUCAUCUUCAGCAAUAAAUCAAUUCUUGAAAAUACUAGAGAUAAGCUAGGAGAGCUCGUUGACAUACAAAACUGUGCUCUAAAUGACUCAUUGGAGAAGAAAGUGUUUAUCAGAAGUAGUGAGAGAUUUGAACCAAAAGCAGAGAAAAUCCCGGACCUACUGAACAAACUAAACGAACUACCUGUUGCCAUUAAGGAUGCUAUUAUUGAGCUUCAGAAGACAGGAACAGUAAAAGGUAUCUUGCGUAAAUACACCACUCCUCUACGAUCCAUAUUGGAAAUAGACGGCACCGUCCGUUUUUCAGAAACAUUUACAGAAAAUGACGAUGAUAUCAAUCAACAAUGGCUAUAUAAUGAACUUCAAACGUAUUUUAAUACUAAACGCUUAUCAGAGGUGGUAUUUCAUAAAAAGAUUGACAAACGCAUGUUGCAAAAUAGGUCCGGAGAAACAAAUUUUCCAUGGUUCAUCACAGAAUCCGAGUUAAAAAGUUAUUUUGAUUGCCUUGUCAUAUGUACCGACCAACCUGACAAACUUUUCCUAUUGAGAGACAGGAUUACAGAAUCGGCUGUAGGAGAGUGGAUUCACAAGAAAGACCGUGGCUUGUUUAGUGAUAGAACCAAAUUUCAUGUCAUAUUUGAAAAAGAAUUUGAUAUUUGGCACAUGGUUACCAACAUGGAUGGAAACCAGAAACCUUAUUUGAGCAGCUACGAAGGAAACAAGUGUGUUCAUACGGCUAGAGCAGAAGUGCGCAGAACUUUACAAAAUAUUACAGAAGCUGAUUUCAGUUAUUACGUGGAACGUAAGUUGGUUUUACAAAAUGGACUGGAGGAAAUCACAGAAGGUGGAUUUAUUUCAAUUCUGGGGGAAUCAUAUGAUCAAAAUGAUUAUUACAUACUUUUAGGUGAACCAGGAAUCGGAAAAACAACUUUCUUGAAAAAACUCACAUAUUCCCUCCAAAAUGACAUUAACAAACACGUGUAUCUAAUUAACAUGAGUAGAUUAUUCAAAAAUUAUGAGGCAGAAAACGAUAUAUUCACACUUAUGAAAUCCUCUCUUUCAAAAUCGAUUCAACAGUUGAUUCAAACGAGUAUGGAAUGUUGUCCACAACAGUGUUUCAUUCUACUUGAUGGUUUUGAUGAGAUUGAUGCUUCGUAUCAAAACUCAGCAAUCAAGCUUGUCAAGAAAACGUUCUGCAAACGUAAUAUUCGGGUUUUCAUAAGUAGCAGAAAUCAUUUGAAAGCAAUACUCGGAAAAGAAUUUCAAGCUAAGGAAGUAAAUCUUGUUCCGUUAGUUGAGGAUGAACAACUUCUAUUCUUGAGAAACUACUGGGACAUCAGUUCUGAUAUUGACGAGAAAGAUUAUGACCGAUUUAAAAUAUUUGCCAAGCAUUUACUCAGGGUUUUACAUGACGACAUUCAUUCAGUUUAUUUCCGAUUCACUGGCCUUCCUCUAGUGAUUCGAAUGCUAGCAGAAGUCUACAAGAAAAAGUUUGAAACAUAUUGGAAAUCGUCAAAUUCAAAUAUUACUGAAAUAUUAGAUACACAAAGCAGAUUCAGUGUAUUGCAUUUGUAUGAAAAUUUCGUCAACAUAUCAUUCAAUGUAUUCGUGAGGAAAAUAAUUAACGAAGAAGGUUAUGCAACAAUAGAUUCGAAAGUUGUAAGAUUUUUCAAAGACAAUUUGAAAAAUUUUAGUCGUGCGCACCAGUUAAUUGCCAUUAAUCAGUUAAAUACCCCCAUAUUGAGAAAUUCGCUAAGCAAUGACGAUUCUGUAACAAUUCUAGAAAACAUGCAACAAAUCUUGGAUAGUGGAGAAAAGUCAUUUUUAAUCAAUGUUACGAAUGAGAAUCAGUUAGAAUUCACUCACUUAUCGUUUGCUGAAUAUUUUCUCUCGAAAUUUUUGUAUGAACAUGUAUCAGAAUGUGAAACGGUCCUGUUCGAAGUUAUAGAUAAACAUGCAGUAAUUCGAGACUUUUUCUUUUCAAUGGUCGAAGAAAAUUGGGGAAACAGUUCGUCGCAAAUGAACGUAAUUAGUAGAAUCUGUCACAAAAAUUUUGAAAUAAUGUACUGGGCUUGUUCUGAUGGUUACGAAUCAAUUUUAAAAGAGCUCCUGAAGCACCAUAAAGCUAAAGUAAUAUUCAAGUCAUUCAAUUGUAGCACACUCGUACAUGCUGCUGUUCAAUCAAAAAGAGAAAAUAUACUCAAGUUUGUUCUUUGUGAACAUCGAUUUGGUCAUUGUACUAACCAUGAAACAAAUAGUAGUACAGUGAAUAUAUAUGAAACGGAAAUCAACAUAAAUACCCCAGAUGCAUACGGAGUUUCACCAAUUCAUUACGCUGCAUCUCAAGGGAACAAACCAUUUGUUAAAAUGCUCGCGCAAUAUGGUGCGGACAUUAAUACUCAAGGAUUAGGAGGGAAAACUCCUCUACAUUAUGCUGCUCAAAAAAGUAAUUGGGAAAUGAUCAAGAUGUUAACAACCGAUUAUGCAGUAAACUCGAAUAUUCGCGAUUGUGAUGGACGAACAAUUCUGCAUAUUGCGGCCGUGAAACGUGACUUAAAUAUUGUGAAAAUGAUGAUUGAAAAGCUUUCAUGUGACGUCAAUGAACAAGAUCCAUAUGGUAACACUUCGCUUCAUCUUGCUGCCAAACAUAGUACGUGGGAAAUGGUCAAGAUGUUAAUUGAUACAUUCAAUGCAGACUACAAAAUUGCCAAUGAAGAUGGCCAAACUUUUCUCCAUUUAGCGGCAGAAGAAGGUAUAAUAGAAAUUGUGAAGCUGCUUACAGAUGAAUAUGCGAUUGAUGUCAAUGCACAAGACAACGAUGGAAAUUCUCCUGUUCUUCUUGCUGCCAUUCAUAAUAGGUGGGAAUUAGUCAAGAAGUUGAUUGACAAAGAUUCAAAAUAUUCAGCGGACUACAAAAUGUCCAAUAAAGACGAUCAAACUCUUAUCCAUUUAGCGGCCAAAGGAGGAAAUAUAGAAGUUCUAGAGAUGAUUAUAGAUGACCAUUCGACUGAUGUCAACAUGCAAGACAAAAAUGGAAAUACUCCUCUUCAUCUUGCUGUCCAUUAUGAUAAAAGGGAAAUGGUCAAGAUGUUAAUUGAUAAAUACAACGCUGACUACAAAACUACUAAUAAACAAGGAAAAACUUGUAUCCAUCAUGCGGUCGCAAAAAAUAAUAUUGAAAUUGUUAAGAUGCUUCUAAAUGACUAUGCGACAGAUGUCAAUGCGCAAGACAACGAUGGAAAUACUCCUCUUCAUCUUGCUGCCUAUUUUAGUAAACGGGAAAUGGUCAAAAUGUUAAUUGACAAAUAUAAUGCUGACUACAAAAUUGUCAAUAAAGACGGACAAACUCUAAUCCAUUUAGCGGCCAAAGGAGGUAACAUAGAAGUUCUAGAGAUGAUUGUAGAUCACUAUGCGAUAGAUGUCAAUACGCAAGACAGUAAUGACAAUACUCCUCUUCAUCUUGCUUCCAUUUAUGGUAAGCGGGAAAUGGUCAGAAUGUUGAUUGACAAAUAUAAUGCUGACAGCAAAUUCGCCUAUAAACAUGGACUAGCUCUUAUCCAUUAUGCGGCCGCAAAAAAUAACAUUGAAAUUGUAGAGAUGCUAAUAAAUGACUAUGCGGCUGAUGUCAAUGCGCAAGACAGCAAUGGAAAUACUCCUCUUCAUCUAGCUGUCUUUUAUGAUAACCGGGAAAUGGCCAAGAGGUUAAUUGUUAAAUAUAACGCUAACUACAAAAUUCCCAAUGAACGAGGACAAACUGUUACUGAUUUAGCAGCCGCAGAAAAUAACUUGGAAAUUGUAAAAAUGCUUGCUGUCUUGUCUGGUAAACAGGGAAUGGUCAAGAUGUUAACACUCCCGGCCCCGUGAUCAAAAAAAUGUUGUAACUAAAUGUUUAAUUGGCUAUAUCUCAGUGAUGGCUCAACCGAUUUUCAAAUUUAUUUUAUCAAUCUCUUGUCCGAAUCUUCAAGUUCCAAACAAUUGAACAAAAAUCAUCCCAAGCGUUUUCAAAUUUCUCCUAGAACAGUGCAACCGAUAUAUUUGUUACACUGCAAAAUAUUUUUGCUGGUAAUCAGCAAACCUUGCUGAUUUUUGACGUGCUGAUUGCAUUCAGCAAUACAAAUUACUGAGUAU